AUGGCUCAUAUCCAAAAGGUUAUUAUAAUUGGAGCCGGACCAGCGGGUUUAUUGGCGGCUCUUCGUCUUCAUAAACAUAACGACAUCGUCCCUGUGGUAUAUGAAAUUCGCCCAGAGCCAUCUACUCUGGGGGGAGCUAUUGGAAUUCCAUCGAAUGGCUCCAGACUACUACAUCGAUUGGGCCUCUAUGAGGCCUGUUGUUCCCGAGGCGCCGAGACAUCAAACUUAGUGGUUCAUUCCCUCGAUGGUUCGGUAAUGGGUCAGAUGGAUAUGACUUCUCGGAGUAGGCAGGUUACAGGAUUUGGGUAUUUGAGAAUACGGAGAACGGAUCUGAUGGAUGUGCUAUACGAUGCAAUUGCUCAAGAAGGGAUUCGAAUUCAUUUUGGGAAGCAUUUGGUCAAGAUUGAGGAAAACGAGCAAGGAGUUACCACAAUUUUCUCGGAUGAUACGGUUGACACGGCAGACCUCCUCCUCGGUUGCGACGGUAUCCAUUCUUCUGUCCGGCGAAUGUAUGUAGAUCCAGACAAGUUACCAGAGUAUUCCGGAAUUUCGAGUAUGUUUUCGCUUCUUCCCACAGCAAACUUGCCUACAAUAGCCUCAUCGAUGGAUGCUCUCAAUGUCACUCUUACAGCCGAUGGCAUGGUUGCAUUAUCACCCUGCACCUCAUCCGGAAAUAUGAUCUAUUGGUUCUUCUCUCGUGAGAUUGUUUUGCCCCCUGGCGAAGAUACACGUGACGGCUGGGAAGAGCAGGGUAAAAAGGAGGUUUCUAAUUUCAAAUCGAACUUGUUUGAUUUGAUUCAUGGUGGUAAAGGCGAAUGGGGAGAGCUUAUGAUAAAGGUUGUCUCUCAAACAGAAGUACUGAAAUUCUACCCCGUGUUUCGACUGGGCCUAGGUGGAAAGUGGUAUAAAGGCCGGUGUCUAAUCAUAGGCGACGCGGCUCAUGCCAUGCAACCGCAUGCCAGUCAAGGAGUGUCGAUGGCAUUGGAAGAUGUCUUUUUACUUUCUAACUCCUUGAAGAGCCAUCGUUCGUUAUCAGAUGUCUUCAACGUCUACGAGGAAAAGAGGAGGCCACGAGUAGAUAUGUUUUACAAGACUGCUGAACGGAAUGGUGACAUGCGGAAGAAGAUGAGUCCUUUUCGUUUCUGGAUCCAAGAGCAAGUUAUGUCCACAGCGUUGUCCUUGUACGGGGUUUUCAAUCUCGACAAGCUAGGCUUGGGUCAAAAACCACUUGCUUAUGACGUUGAGGCCGAGGAUGUUUGA